UUUUAAACAAUAUAUGUAUUGUUGUUAUUAAAUAGUUGAUUAAUAAUUAAUUAAUAAUUAUUAUAUAAAUAGUUGUUACACAUUGUCAUGACGGUAUAUCACGACGAAGUUGAAAUUGAAGAUUUUGAAUUUGAUGAAGACGAUGAUACUUAUUAUUAUCCAUGUCCUUGUGGUGAUCAAUUUCAAAUAACUCGUGCUGAUUUAAUUGCCGGUGUUGAGGACGCAACUUGUCCAUCGUGUUCACUUGUUGUUAAAGUUAUUUAUGACAAAGUUGCCUUUACAUUAAAACAAGAAGAGAUACAAUCAAUUGAUAGCAAAGAAUCAUUAAAAGAAAAAAUUUAACGUUAUUUAUCAUUAUUAAAAUUUAAUAUCAACAAUAAAAUAUUAUCAUGGCUGGAAGAGGAGGUCGUGGUAAACCAGCAAUGUCAUUUUCAGCUGAACAAGUUGGUUUAAAUCGUAAUGAGGGAAUACCAUCAGUACUACAACCAUUACCUGAUUAUCCAACACCAGAAUUUAAAGCACCACAAUUACAAUUUACAACAGAACUUGGUUAUUGGAUACAGCUUAAAGCUGAUUAUGCUGAGUAUAUAAAAGAUUCAUCAAAUAAUGUACCAGAAGCAACAAAAAAAAAAGAUAUUGAAAGAUAUUCAGAUCAUUUUAAUGCAUUAAUUAAUACAAAAAUAUCAUAUGAAAAACUUUAUGACUGGACAAAAUUACCAAGUGAAUUAAAACCAGGUUACAAAAGAAAACGUACAACAAAUGACAUUGCUAAAAAAAUUGAUAAUGUUGAUAAAAAAUUAGAUGAAUAUGAGAAAAAAGAUACAUAUCAUAGUGAUGAUGAUGAUGACGAUGAAGAAGGAAAAGCUAAAAAAACAAAAGGUGAUGAUGAUGACGAUGAUAAAGAUCCAAAUGAUCAACUUGAAGAUGAAGAAGAUGAAGACGAUGAAAUGGAUGAUGGUACUGAUUAUGUUAAUAAUUAUUUCGACAAUGGUGAGGCAUAUGAAGAAGAAGAUGAUAAUCUUGAUGAUGGUCCAGUUUAUUAAGAUUUAUAUUUUCAAUUAUGUAAAUUAAUAUCUCCCUUUUGUUUUCGUUGAUUCAUAAUUUUGUUGAUAAUUUUUUUUUUUGUAUAAUAAUCAAUGUGUAUAGACUUUGUUCUUUUUGUUUUGUUUUGUUUUUUUUUUAAUAAUUAAUAUUACAUUACCAAUAAACUCAGCGCCAAUAUAUUGUAAAUGACAGAAAAAAACAUUUAAACAAUUAUAUAUAUUUUUGUGAAUCAAAGAAUUUCAAUUUUGUGUUGAUUUUUUUUUUCAUUUAUUUUAUUAAAUUUAGUCACAAAAA